AUGCCUGUGGAGGUCGAUUUCCUCCGCGUGAACACCACAUUCCGCGCUGCAGAGCAGACGGAGGUCUUGGCGUCGACGAGAAUCCACGGCCAAGACGAAGAGGAAAGAGGGAGACCCUCGCUCAGCGCUUUGGGAGACCAGCCAGUCGGCGCGACGCGGGCCUGUGUGUGGCUGACUCGCUGGGGGCAGAGUUGGGGAUGGGUGGUAGUAGCAAAGCAGAGACAGGAGGAGACGCCCGAGCACAUGACAUCCUGUGACAGGUAA